CACCAAAAAAAAAAAAAAAUUCACCAAAAAAAAAAAAUUCACCAAAAAAAAAUAAUAAUUGAAAGCCCUUUUGGCACUGAAGUUGGCGGCGAUGAACGCGGCGGGCGGAGGAGACUUCGAAACGAAGACAGCGAUGGUGGUAGCGCCGGCGGAGAUGGCCGAAGCUCAGUACGUGAGGGCGAAGACGGCGGUCUGGUGGGACAUAGAGAACUGCCAAGUCCCUAAAGGCGUCGACGCUCAUGGGAUCGCGCAGAACAUUAGCUCGGCGCUGGCGAAGAUGAACUAUCUCGGUACAGUCUCGAUCUCCGCCUUUGGCGAUACGAAUCGUAUCCCUCCUGCGAUCCAACAGGCUCUUAACUCCACCGGAAUCGCGCUCAAUCACGUCCCCGCCGGAGCGAAAGAUGCGAGUGAUAAGAAGAUUCUAGUGAACAUGUUUUGCUGGGCGCUUGAUAACCCUGCGCCCGCGAACUUCAUGUUGAUCUCUGGGGAUAGAGACUUCUCUGAUGCUCUUCACCAGCUGAGGUUGAGACGUUACAACGUUCUCUUGGCGCAGCCUCGCAAAGCUUCCGUGCCGCUUGUUCACGCUGCGAGGACCGUGUGGCUCUGGACCAGCUUAUCGGCUGGUGGAAUGCCUCUCUCGAAAAGCGAAAGCUUGCAGCUUAUCGCCGACGCGACGCUAACAACAACGCAGGAGUGUGUUCCAUCGAGCCAAGCUAUGGAUUCAAACAAAUUCAAGGGUAAGUACCUUCCGAAACCGUUAAAUCAACAGCCUCCUCCUCCUCCUCCUCCAGCGCGUCAGCAACAGAAUAGUCAAGGGAAGCUGAUUAAGAAACCUCAUGAGCUUUUUAGAAGCAGCGAGCCGUCUUCUUCCACCACCAUACCUGCUCCUCCCAUUUUGCCCACUACCAGUGUUCACGCUUUCACUGGUAAUAAUGCGAUGAGUAGUAAUCAUCAGAAUCAGUACAAUUAUGGUCCUAGACCUGGUCCUUAUCCUCCUAGGCAGCCUUACCCUAACCCUGAUCCUUCUUGGAACAACGGAGCUAACAACCCUAACUACUAUCCCAAUGCUUCCAGGCCAGGUGCUCCUAAUAUGCGACCGCCUUAUGGUAAUGUUUUCCGUCCUUAUCGGCCAGAGAAUCUGCAUCCUCCUAUGAAUAAUGGUUUCCGACCAAUGCCUCCGAGAAAUGACGGUCCUAGGUUUAUGUCUCCGCCUGAUCUCAGCAACCUAAGCGUGUCUCAGUAUCCAAGCCAAACUCAAACUCAGAAUCGUCCUAAUUUUUAUCCUCAAGUAAGACAGGAGUUCAGACCAAAGAUGGAAUCAUCAUCAUCUUCUCUUAGCCUAAAUGGUACAAAUAAAGUUUAUCUUCCUCGGAGUAGUAGCGCCCCAGUAACCAGUGCUACUACAACCACAGUGAACACCAACUCCACCACUCGUGGAGUCUCACCUCCUCAGCCUCCAAUGGUUACUUCUGGAUCUGGUUCCAGCAAUGGUAUGUGGGGAACAACCCAAGAGGGCCCACCACAACCAAAACCACCCUCGGAAUAUGUUCAAGGCCUUAUAGGGGUUAUCUUACAUGCUCUAAACAUCUUGAAAACCGAAAAAGUUAGUCCCACCGAGCCUAAUAUCUCGGAUUGCAUUCAGUAUGGAGAUCCAAAACAUUGCCGUACUGAUGUGAAGAAAGCUUUAGACAGUGCAACGGAGCAUCAAAUGGUCAUGGUUGUAAAUAUGGGUAAACAGAAGCUUUACAUUGGCAAAGAUGAACCUCUAUGGAACUGUGUAAAUCCUUUAGGGGGCAACCCUAAGAAUUACCCAAAAUCAGUCUGGGAUAGACUUGAAAAGUUUCUAACCUCAUCUUAUGGGCGGGUGGCGUUUAUGGCAACACAGUGCAGGUACGAAGCUGCACAGGUUCUGAAAAGGGAAUGCCUAAAAGAGUAUGCUAUAGGUGACAUAGUUCAGAUCUUAAAUAUAACAGCAACCUGUAAGAAGUGGAUUACUCAUAACCAAACAGGAUGGAAACCAAUUACUGUCAACCUUGCUGUUCCAGAGACUACAAACAAGAAAGCUACUGAAACCGUGACAGGUAUCCAACCUGUUGCCUGAAAUCAAAUCUAUGUUCCUUGAAAUGUGGUAGUAGCCUAUAUGGGUACCACUACUUUGAAUUAUCAAACAUAGAUCACUAAGACAUGGAAAAUAGUGUUUUCCAUAUCGAAAAACUUCAGAACUAUGAUGAUUCUUAAGUCUGGAGUACUAGUUACCUUAGUAGUAGUAGGCACGGUUUUCUUCUUUUUUUUUCUUUUUCAUUUUACUAUCGUCUGUUCAUUACAAAUGAGUCAAGGCUAAAAAUAUGGGGGAUGGUAAAGGUUCGGACCUAUUGGUUAUGUAUUAGUACAUGGUUGGGUUCUAUAAAAAUCUUAGUGUUGCUCUCAAGAAGAAAGAAGAUUUGCUCAGUUUCAUCAUCUCAAGGAUAAACAAGUUAGUGGAAGAAGCGACGUUGAUUUGGGAAUCUCUGCAUCACCUACGUUGCUGCAGUCUGUUUCUUUUGGUCUACUAAGAUUAAUAGAAUUCUACUGUGAUAUGGAUGAUGGAUACUAUCUGUAGCUUCGCCAGUUUUUUUUUUUUAUUUACCUGCGUCUUAUGUUGGUUGUAGUCUGAAGACUCUGAACUACGAAGCUUCAUUUUCUUUAUAUGAAUAUUAUGUUUUAUGUU